AUGAUCCUCGUUAGACACGAAUGGUUUCCUGUGUCACGAUUAGUCACCCCCUACACCAUGGCCUUCGCUCGCUUCUCGAUUCUCCUUGCUUGCUCUUUCGCUUUUAGCGUUUUCGUCGUCGUAGGGGAAGAUCUGCCCUAUCAGGACAUCCCCAUUUGUGCUGUGAGCAUACUUUCUAUCCGUCGACCGUGGCAUGACACUUACUCACAGAUACAGAUCCGCUGCAUGGUCCAGGAGAUUAAACACUCUAACUGCUCUAUUCCGGACCAAACAUGUAUUUGCAACGACACUUUUUUAGCAGGAAUCAUGCGGGAAUGCGUUAUGAGUAACUGUACAGUCAAGGAAACGCUAGUCGCCCAAAAUCAAUCGAUGGCAGCCUGCGGGGUGCCUUUAACUGAGCUGGACGCAAUCCAUCAGUGGUUGCGGCCAAUGCUUUUCGUCAUCCCGACAGUUUUCAUCGCAGGGCGGUUAACCAACAAGUGGAUGAAGCUUUCAUCCUGGGGCUGGGACGACAUGACGAUCAUUAUUGCAUACAUAUUGAGUUCUCUUUUUCUUCCGGCGGCUUACUUCGCGGAAAAGUCUGGCGUGGGAAGAGAUAUUUGGGCUCUUACUCCAGACCAAAUCACAAACCUCCUCUUUAUGGUGCUUCUGUUUGGAUUUCUAUAUUUUACCUGUCUGGCUUUUGUAAAAUCUUCGAUGCUCUUUUUAUACCUUCGAAUUUUCCCUGACGAAAAGUUUCGUAAGGUAUUAUGCUUGCAAUCUGCCAACCUUUGA